UCUGCUCUGCCUCUCAGCUUCUCAGAUGUAAGAGUACAGCUGGCCCUGCCACCAAAAAAACACCAGUAGAUGUCCCCUGUGGAGCAUGUGGGCUCAAAUGAAUGGGAAGGAGACAGCAAAAAGAGAAGGAGAAGACUGGCUGAGAAGGCUAGAAAAAUGGAGCAACAGGCGAGAAUAGAGCAGCUGCGCUAUGAUUUGGGGCCGUGGGACAUGGCGGGUUGGCCUUCCACACAAGUGGAGGGAGGCUUUCCCAAGGGCCUCACUGACCUACUCACAGUCUGACUGACUGCCAUAUUUGAGGUCAGGAAGGAAUUUUCCUGUAUCUCAGAUUGGCAGGGACUUUGGGAGAGUGUUGCCUCCCUCUGAGGUGUGGGGCAGGGGUCACUUGCUGGAUUGAACUAAAGUAAAUGGAUUCUCUGUAAUUGGAAGUCUCUACAUCCUGAUUUGAGGACUUCAGCAGCUCAGCCAGAGGUUACCGAGGUGGGUGGGUGAAGUUCAGUAGCUUGCAAUAAGCAGGAGGUCAGAGUAGAAGACCAUGAUAGUCCUUUCUGGCCUUAAAGUCUGAGUCCAGAAUGAAGCUGGGAAUUCAUGGGAACCCUCUCCCCCCGGCUGCCAAAGAGAGCAGAGAGAUGUACUGGGGUCAGGCAUAGGGAGAAGACAAAGCUCCCUACUCCACCAGGUAACAGGUGGGGAGAACGGGAUAGAGAGACAUGUGGAGUGGUCAUGUGUCCUCCCCUUUAUGUUAUGCCCCCCAAUAUGUGGAGAUGCCAGUUGUCUAUGAAGGUAGCUUUCUAGGUUGCCAUUACUUCUUCCAGAAGGGUCUGCGAAAUCUAAGCUCUUAUUUCAGAACCAUCCUACACUGUCUUCUACAAGGGCCAGGUUCUUGGUCUUGCCGUUCCAGGAUGCCUUCUUACCAGUCUUCUAUCCAAAACCACACGCUACCAGUGAGGAACCAAAGACUCCCCUUGGUGAAUGUUAGGCAUUCAGGCAGUAGUCUUUUAUAAAGAAAAGACAAAACCCUUUCAGAAAUUGACUCCGCUUUUGAUAGCCUUACAGACUGAAGAAAAGUCCUUCCAGUCUCAGCCCAGGGAAUUUUAUCGUGGAUCACUUCUGGUAUCCACAUGUACUGUGACCUAGGGAAGGUCCCGGCUCCACUGACAGCCCGUUCUCCACGGGCUAACGCAUCAGUGUCAUCGUCCCUGGCUUAAAUUCCGAUUCAGGACAUCAAUAGAGGUCAUCGUUCCAUGUUUUUGCGUCCCGCCACGCCAUCGCCCAGCAAGCUAGAGACUACAUGGGUUUCAGCCACGCGGUGUUACAGUCAGCAUUCCAAUGAACCCCAAGCCUACGUUGGAAUGGACGUGAGCAAGCGCUCAAAGAAUUAAAGACAAUUACUAACCUUCCAUGACUUGUUCUUCAAGAUGUGUUGCUCAUGUGCAUUCCAGCCCCCCUCCCCUCUGGUCACACUGUCAGAGGUAGCAGGCAAGAAAGAACUGAGGGGUAGGCAGGUCAGCAGGGCCCUUUACCAACACCAUGAGGGUGCGACUCCAGGGGUCACUAGAGUCAACUCGAUGGAUGUCAUGGAGGGAAAACUUUGCCAGCAGUACUCGGCAUGAGCACACACCUACAUUAGCACGGACAUGAACAACACCGCUCAAAGAACAAGAGUUACAGAAGCCCGGGCAAGAUGAUCAAGUCCUUCAAACAGACGUUUUUGUCAUUGGAGCUGCAGUCACCCAAAUGGAGUGCCGCAGAGACCGAGGUGCAAGAUUAUGAGCUGCGUCGCUACGAGACAGCCAAAUGGGCAAGCACGGUAAUUAAAGGAGAGGUGCAGAAGGAAGCGCUGCGCCAGGGCUUCUGGAAACUCUUCCACUACAUUCAGGGGAAGAAUGAGAGAGAGGUGAAGAUUGAGAUGACUGUGCCAGUGACGUGCUUGGUGAAAACUGGCUGCACCGACUUUAAGGUCUCAUUCUUUGUGCCAUUCGAGUAUCAAGACUCACCACCGCAGCCCACGGAGCCGGGUGUCUUCAUCGAGGAGCGGAAGGGAGAGGCCAUCUUUGUCAGGUCCUUUGGGGGGUUUGCCUCCCCAGAGAAGUAUGCAGAGGAAGCCCAGGCCCUGUCCAGAAUCCUAAAGAAGGCAGGCCAGUCGUUCCAUGAAGACUUCUAUUACACUGCUGGCUAUGACAGCCCCUUCAAGCUCUUCAACAGGCACAACGAAGUGUGGUAUUUCAAGAAGUAAACUGGAGAGUGCUGGAGGAUGGACCUCGCUUGUCUCUCUUGCUUCCUUGACUUUGUAUGUACCAAAGAGACUUUAUAGCUUUUUACCUAGGACUAUAGAUCAGACACCAACUUCAAAAACCCAGAUCUCCAAGUACAGAAGGGAAAGGCUGUCACGGAGGAGCUCUGAAGUCUACUCAAACCUGUUGCUGAGGGGUAGCAGAGGUGUGUUUCCAGACCAUUUCUUUCUGUGAUCUGAAAGCAUGUGUCCUUUGCAGUAAAAUGAUUUAGGAAUUUCCAAAAGUUGUACCCAGACUCAAAGUAGGCAAAUAACUGCUACUGUGGGGAUAGGCUAGGAUAAAGGUGAACUGCAUUUUGUGUAGCCACUGUUAUAGAUGCUUGAUUAUGCCAAGGUUUGUUUUAUCCUGUCCUCAGCAAUAGGACACCCAGUUUUAACCAUAGAUGGGGGAGUGGUUGGGGGUGUGGGGAGAGAAGUGUACCAGCUUAUGCCACUUACCUUUUAGUCUGAAUAACCAGAUUCACACUUAGUGUGGUAGUAACCAUGCUAGUUGAGAUGAAUGGACUUUCUAUACUACACUAACUUAAUGACCUUUUCUCUUUAAUAACGGUGUCUGAGUUUUUAUAAACUGCUGUAUUUCAA